AUGAUAUGCGAGGAGGCAUAUCAUCAGCAACCACAAGGGCAGAUCAAUGAUCAAAUGAUGACGAUGAUGAUGAUGGAUCAAUCUAAUAAACACCAAAGGAGGAAAUCACCUUUAUGGUCGCCAUCCUCACCAUCGUCACCAUCAUCACCUAAAUCACCAUUAUGGUCUCCAUCAUCGCCAUCAUCAUCACCUAAAUCACCAUCAUCAUUUGACAACUUUAAUAAUGAAGAAGAGAGGCUAGAGGUUGUGAACUUGAGUGGGAUGGCUUUGGAAUCUCUCCCUAAUCCUUCACUCAAUUUAGCUCAAAUUUGCAAGCUUGAUCUCUCCAACAACCACCUCCAGACCAUUCCAGAAUCACUUACAGCGAGACUACUCAACUUAAUAGCAUUAGAUGUUCACUCAAAUCAGAUCAAAGCUCUUCCAAACUCCAUUGGUUGUCUCUCCAAGCUCAAGACCCUCAACGUCUCCGGCAACUUUCUUGUUUCCCUCCCUAAAUCUAUCCAACAUUGCAGGUCUUUGGAAGAGCUAAAUGCAAACUUCAACAAACUCAUCAGAUUACCAGACUCAAUUGGAUUUGAACUAACCAAUCUAAGGAAGCUCUCUGUCAACUCCAACAAGCUCAUUAGCCUCCCAGUCUCCAUUACUCACCUUACCUCUCUCCGAGUCCUUGACGCUCGUCUCAACUGCCUCAUGAUUCUCCCGGAAGAUCUCGAGAACCUCAUCAACCUCGAGAUCCUCAACGUCAGCCAGAACUUCCAGUACCUCUCCGCUCUCCCUUCCUCCAUUGGCCUCCUCAUGAACCUCAUCGAGCUUGAUGUUAGCUACAACAAGAUCACUGCCUUGCCUGAGUCCAUCGGCUGCAUGAGACGGUUGAGGAAGCUGAGCGUUGAAGGAAACCCGCUCGUGUCCCCACCAAUGGAGGUGAUGGAGCAGAACUUGCAGGUGGUGAGAGAGUAUCUGACACAGAAGAUGAAUGGUUGCGGCUCACCAAAGAGUCCCAACAAGAAGAAGUCUUGGGGAUUUGGUAAGUUGGUCAAGUAUGGGACUUUCAAUGGCGGAUCAAGAAGCUGGAACAGAGAAGACAGGGAAGGUUUCAUCAUGCCUGAGUACCGUUCCAUCGACAGUCUUGCUUCGCCUCGGUACUCUGGUAUGUUCUCUCCUCGCCGUCUCUUUUCUCCAAAAACCUAUUUCAGCAGAUGA